GGAAGAUAGGCACUGGCUUGGUGCAUAUGUUUGUUUUUCACGUUCUUUCCUGCUUUGUUCACUGCUUGGUACAAAGGUCUCCUGAAUACCCUCAGAAAUGCUGUUUGAAAACUAAAAUAACCAAUGAUAAAAUUUUAUUGUCAGUAGCCUUCAAAGAGUUUCUUUGCGGUACUGGUUUUGAAUGUUCUGGCCCUGACUGGUAUUGUUUGUGGUAAGUUAUGGUCCUCAACCCUCCUUGGUCUUACGCGCCUACUAGUGUGCUCCUCAACCCUCCUUCCCUUCUCACUGAUUUUUUCUUUCAGGGAGGGCAGCUGUAACACAGGCCACAUGGAACGUUCCUUUUAUUUUCCACCGGAGCCACUGGCUUUCUAUACAAAUGAUGAGCAAUUUUUGGCCGAACGGAAAGCGAGAUUGCAUUCCUUUUUUCCUCUUCCCCCGAGUCCGGACCUUUAUAUUUCUUUCCAGUUCUCCCCAGUCUCUUCCGAGUAGUGAAAAAGAAAAAUGGCGACGGUUUUUGACUAAAGUAAGUGAAGUGAUAGGGAGAGGCAUAUUUUGAGGCUUUCUUAUGGCCGGCAGGUUACGAUUAAUAACAUUUGAUGCUUGUAAUACGCUAUUUCAUGUUCGAGGCUCACCCGGAGAACUGUACAGUAAUGUGGCGGCUCGUUUUGGCGUCGACAUUGAGCCUAAAGCGUUGAACGAUUCGUUCAAGGACUCAUUUCGAGACUUCUACAAAACAUUGCCAAACUUUGGCGCUAAAAGCGCAAAGACGGGUGAAAAAUGGUGGUAUGGAGUGGUGAGACAAACGUUCCGUUCCGCUGGUUAUCACGAUGAAGCAAACUUAGCUAGAAUUUCUUCUGUAUUGUACAAAGAAUUCUCCACUGCAUCUUAUUGGCAGGUUUAUCCUGAAACAUUUGUUGUGUUAGAGCAUUUAAAGAAUAGAAACUAUCAUCUUGCCGUAAUAUCCAACUUUGAUGAACGGCUGGAUGUCAUUCUUGAAAGUCUCCGCUUGAAGGAAUACUUCACAUUUAUUGCAUGUUCUUUCGAUGUUGGAAUUUGCAAACCUUCUCCAGAAAUUUUUCAACUUGUUUUGUCUCAUUUUGAUGUCAAAGCUGAAGAAGCUCUACAUGUUGGUGACAAUAUCAACUUGGAUUACAAGCCAGCUGUUGAACUAGGAAUGAGAUCAUUAAUUGUCAACAGGUUUUGCAAGGACUAUUCCAAAGAUAGUGUUGAUCCUAAUCACAUAAUACAGGAUCUAAAUCCUUUACAAUAACUUUGAAAUUCAUCUACUGGUAUUUUCAUUGGGGUUUUUGAACCCCAAUAGAAAUUGCUGGUAUCUAAUUUUAUAAAUGGGCUACCUUGCCAUAUUAUAUGCCAUAUUAUAUGGCAAGGAAGCCUUGAGGUACAUCUGAGCUUUCGGACUGAUUUUUUCUGGGUCAGGAUUUUGCCAUAAGGAAUGUUUUCAUGGAUUAUUGACCAAGCAUGAGGUCAAGAUAGCUGGAUA